AUGCAUGUUCCCGAGGCGCAACGACCCUUCCUGGAGAGUGUUCAGGAAGCACUUCGACGUUACGAUGAGCAGCUGAAAGAUAUCAACCACAAGAUUUGGUCGAAUCCUGAACUUGCCUACCAAGAAUACCAGGCUCACGAUCACGUCUGUGAGCUCUUCAACAGCCUCAAAUCGAGUGGCUAUCAAGUCCGUCCCAAGGCAUACGGUCUCGAGACGGCUCUUGAGAUUGAGUUUACUCACGGAAGUGGCGGACGUGUUGUUGUGUACAAUGCGGAAUAUGAUGCCCUCCCUGGCAUUGGUCAUGCCUGCGGCCAUAACUUGAUUGCAACAAGCUCUAUCGCAGCUUUUAUUGCAACAUGCGAGGCGAUGAAGGCACAGGCACAGUCUUCCGGCAUCUCGGGAUUCACCGUCCGUCUUCUGGGUACUCCAGCUGAAGAAUCUGGCGGUGGUAAAGUGAAAUUGAUCGAGGCCGGAGCCUACAAGGACGUAGACGCUUGCCUGAUGGUGCACCCAGUUCCAAUGUCACCUAAUCGCCCUGACGUGCAUGGUGUUGCGACCGUCGUUGAAGGAGGAUAUUUGGCCAACGACAAAGUCAAAGUUACAUAUACUGGAAAACCGUCGCACGCAGCAGCGGCGCCCUGGGAAGGAAUCAACGCCCUUGAUGCGGUGGUCUCAGCAUACGUGAACAUUUCUCUUCUCCGACAACAGAUCUUGCCAUCUCAAAAGAUCCACGGUGUCAUUGUUAAUGGAGGUGCUCGCCCGAACAUCAUCCCGAUGUCCGCAUCUGUGGAUUACUACAUUCGUUCUCCAACGAAGAAAACCCUGAAGCCUUUGACGGAGAAGGUGAUGCAAUGCUUUGAGGCUGCAGCCACUGCGACAGGCUGCAAAGUGGAAUAUGAAUGGGGCGUUGGGUAUGAUGACCUGAAGGCCAAUAUGCCCAUUUGUGAGAGCUAUGUCUCAGCAAUGCGGGCAAUGGGUCACCACACUCUGCUUGAUAACUCUGAGCAGAAGGGCGCACUCGCGGGGGGUUCAACUGAUAUGGGCAAUGUAUCGUAUGUCGUACCUGGCUUCCAUGGCGUUUUCUGUAUCCCAGCCAAGGGCGUCAACCAUACCCCCGAGUUCACAAGUGGGGCGGGCUCCCCGGAGGGAUUUGAAAGGGCUAUCGCCUGUGCUGCUGGAAUGGCCGUUGUCGGAUGCCAGGUGCUGGUUGAUGACAAAUUUGCCGAGGCAGUCAAGAAGGAUUUCCAGCGUGAAUGA